UUGAUGGAGAUCGUUGAUGUGACGUUUGAUGAAAACGGGAAAAUGGAUUCUUCGAUCUUUGCUAACGUUAGCUGCGUUAGCUGACCCUCUGCAUGUCCGCCUGACACCAGCCUGUCAGACUGUACAUCUAACAGAUUAAAUUAGCUCUGUUGUACUUUUUAUACAUCUUUUUUUCAUAGCACUGUAGUUACAUCACAUUACAGGUAGUCCGGUGCUUAUCAGGCACCUGCCUGAGACCUCCCACGUAGCACACGGUCCCAGGUGUAGCUGCUUAAACUCAUUUGCAGCCACCACAGGUAACCAGAGCUCUUCAUCCGCAGCUCCACCUUCACGCUGGCUCCUUCCUCCCUCUGCUCUCAUGGAUCCGCCUGAUGCCGGAAACCUUCCUCUGAGCUGCUGCUCCAUGUUGACAUGAUUCAUCACAUCAUUCAUGCUGCCAGUCUCCUGUUCUGCCACAUCCCAGAGGCGGUGGGUGCAUGGAUUCAUGCUGCUGAUGCCAGACUCUGACCCAUAGACCGAUCCACCAUCUGCAGCCUCAGCUGAAAUCCAGAUCCAUGAGACCAGGAGACGUUUUCCAGUCUCGGAAAACUCUGUUGUGUGUGAGAUCCCAGGAGACCGGCAGUUUCAGAAACACCCAAACCAACAAUCACUCCACAGUCAGAGUCACUGAGGUCACGGGAUAACUGCGUGAAUAAGCAGGUGAACUAACAAUGUUCCUAAUAAAGUGCUUGACAUGGAGGUGACGGAGGAGGAGCGGCGGCAGGUGGAGGAGCAGGUGCAGAGGCUGCUGAGUGGUCAGGGGUCAGAGGUCACCAGCUGUGACGUUGGCCUGGAGCAGAGCAAACCGGCAACUCUGAGGAAGAACGUCACCUACAUCGUCUGUGCCGUCAUCUUCAACGACAAGGAGGAGGUGCUGAUGGUGCAGGAGGCAAAGCAGGACUGUUAUAAACAGUGGUACCUUCCAGCAGGGAAGGUGGAGGUGGGGGAGAGUCUGGAGGAGGCGCUGAGGAGGGAGGUGAAGGAGGAGGCGGGCUUUGACUGUGAUCCAGUCACGUUGCUGCUGAUCCAGGAGCAGGGACCACAGUGGAUCCGUUUCAUCUUCUUGGCCAAAGUCACAGGUGGGAGUAUAAAGGGUUUGGCAGCAGCAGAUCAUGAGUCUCUUCAGGCCUCCUGGUGGGACAGACAGUCUGCACUCCCUCUGAGAGGACGAGACAUCCUCCGUCUCAUCGACUGCGGACUCAAUUACCGUCGGGAUCCCUGGCAUCCUGUCACGUUACCUGUGGACCUGAGCUGCCGUCACGUGGUUCAGAGACUCGUCCUGGUCUUCACCAACUCUGAGGAUCAGAUGUGGAUCCUGCUCAUCAAAGCCCCAGGGCUCCACCUCCCCACAGCAGUGGCGGUGAAGACCCACACGGUGACCUGGGCGGCCAACAUGGUGGUGCAGGAGGCCAUGCCGUCGGCGUAUUACGACCAUGACGUCAACACGCUGGGCGUCUUCAGCUUGCAGCACAAUGGCCGGCAGCAUGGGAAGACGGACGGCGUGUGCUUCAACACGCUGGUGCUGCUGGUGCCCGACCGCGUCCAGCGUAACGAGGACGGAGAGAAGGUGGAGUGGACGCCGACAGGAAAACCUCCACCUGUAGAAAACCCUCGAUACGUGUGGUUAGAAGUUCAGGAACGAACGCUGAGAGAGAAACUGCUGGAAAAGACCAAAAACACCUCCAUCCUGCCGCUUCACAGCCUGUACUGAGCUUCAGCACCCGAGGCAUUUAAAGAGAGGACUCUUAUUGUGAAAAGCACUCAGCGGUUGGAUGGUAGUAAAUUUAAAUGUGAACGGAGCAAUAAGUACCAACGUGUAUGUUUGACUUUAUAAGAAAGAUUCUGUCAGAGAAAGUUUAAACUGUCAGAGUUAAAUAUGACAAUAAAGUUGGA